GGUCCGGGAUCUGGAGCGGCUGGAGCGCAGGAAGGAGAAUCUGCGGCUGCUGGAGGAGCAGCAGAUCCUGACCCAACAGCUGGAAGAGGAGAGACUCCGCAGGGAGGUCCAUCUCCCCCCAAAGGACACCUGAGCCAGCAUUCACCUGUUCAGGUGUGCUGUACCUGACGCACGGCGAUGGACAGCAGCGGUGAGCAGCUGGUGGGCGGUGAGGACGAGGCUGCCUGCACGUCGGCCUCGGAGGGUCUGGAGGAGGGGGAGGUGGAGGGAGAGACGCUGCUGAUCGUGGAGUCGGAGGACCAGGGCUCAGUGGACCUGUCACAUGACCAGAGUGGGGACUCCCUGACCAGUGAUGUGGGUGAGGAGGCCGACGGGGGCUGGGCCUGCGAGGACAUGUCUUUCUACUGCGACCGCUGCCACAAGUGGAUCCCCGCAGCUCAGCUGCGCGGCGAACAGCCGAGCUACCUGAAGGGAGACAACUUCUUCAAAUUCAUCUGCUUCAGCUGCUCCGAGGACGGCAAGGAGAGCUUUGAGAGGAUGAGGCUCACCUGGCAGCAGGUGGUGAUGUUGGCCAUGUAUAACCUGUCUCUGGAGGGGACGGGCCGGCAGGGCUACUUCAGGUGGAAAGAAGACAUCUGCGCUUUCAUUGGUCGGCACUGGAACUUCCUGCUGGGAACAAGGAAAAAGACAUCGACGUGGUGGAGCACGGUGGCCGGCUGCCUGUCAGUCGGCAGCCCCGCCUUCUUCCGCUCAGGAGCGCAGGAGUUUGGCGAGCCCGGCUGGUGGAAACUGGUCCACAACAGACCUCCAACCCUCCGACCAGAAGUGGACAAAUCUAUAACAAAGCCUAAGGCCUCCAAACCUGUCCUGGACCCGAUCAUCACUGUGGAGGGUCUGCGCAAACGAGGGGCCCGCAACCCCGUCGAGAACGCCAUGCAGCUGAAGGAGAAGCGCUCUCGCACCCAGGAGGCCAAAGACAUCCGGCGGGCCCAGAAGGAGGCAGCAGGAGGAUAUACGGACCGCAGCGCCUCCUCCACACCUGUCAAACUGGGCGGAGGCCGAGGUGGAAGUGCCGGCCGGCGCCCUGAUCUUGUCCUGGAGAAAGGCGAGGUCAUUGAUUUCUCCUCCCUCAGCUCCUCGGAUAGGACGCCACUUACCAGCCCAUCACCGUCUCCUUCACCUGACUUCUCUGCCCCGGGAACGCCAGCCUCACAUUCUGCUACUCCGAGCCUGCUGUCGGAGGCGGACCUCAUCCCUGAUGCCAUGCCACCACAGGCACUGUUCCACGACGAUGAGGAGAUGGAGACGGAGGGGAUGAUUGACCCAGGGACAGAGUGCAUCCCCCCUACCAGCGCCAACCUAGUCACCCGCAAGAAGCUCCGGCCGGCCCCGCCUCAUAUCAAACGUGAAGCAGAGAGUGAGGACGACGAUAGCCGCGGUAGGGAGGAUAACUUUGAAGAGCCCAUAGGACGAAGUGAAGGCGCUCCUCUGUCCACAGUUGGUGCUGGAGGACAUGAGCGGAGGAGGAUGACUCAUCCUGAGAAAGUGGACGGCGCUGCCAGCGCCUCCCAGAGUCCUCGUUACACCUCCCUCAGUCUGUACGAGGAGAGGAUGUUGCUGCGACGGCUGGAUGCCUGCCCGCUCGCAUUAGCCGUCACCCCGCAAGCAAAACGCCUCCACAGGAAGCUGCUGGUUCGCCAGGCGAAGCGGCAGAGGGGGCUUCCCCUGCUGGACAUUGACCGGGCAGUCAGCGCCACCCUCAGCCUGGUUGGAGGGAUCUAUGGCGCCCAGGAGGCGGGAACACAGAUGGGAGGCGGAGUCAAAGGGAAGUACUGCACCAGCAGUCAGGAGCUGCGGAUUCUCGAUCGCUUCCAGACCAGCUUUUCCAGUAGAAGAGGCAUCCAGCAGCAGUCCGUGUCCUUCUGGCAUCGUUUGAUGGGAGCCGAAGGCAGUUUGGAUCAGACCAUUAAGAGUCCGUACACUUCCCGUAUCCUCAAACCCUACAUCAGGAGGGAUUAUGAGAGUCGUCCAGUGAAGCUCAGGCUGUUGGCAGAGAUCAGAGCGUACCCUCACAGGAAGGAGCCUGGCUGGGUCCCUGAACCCGAUGCGCCCAUUGAUUACUGCUACGUCCGUCCAAACCACAUCCCCUCUGUCAACGCCAUGUGUCACGACAGCUUCUGGCCAGGUGUGGAUCUGUCCGAGUGCCUGCAGUACCCAGACUUCAGUGUGGUCGUCCUGUACAAGAAGGUGGUGGUUGGCUUUGGUUUCAUGGUGCCAGACGUGAAAUACAACGAGGCCUACAUCUCCUUCCUGCUGGUCCAUCCUGAGUGGAGGAGGGCCGGCAUUGGGACCUUCAUGAUCUACCAUCUGAUCCAGACGUGUAUGGGGAAGGAUGUGACGCUGCACGUGUCGGCCAGUAAUCCCGCCAUGCUGCUGUACCAGAAGUUUGGUUUCAAAGCCGAGGAGUACAUCCUGGACUUCUACGAUAAAUAUUAUCCCGUGGACAGCACCGAGUGCCGCCACGCCUUCUUCCUGCGACUGAGACGCUGAGCCUCUGAGAUCUGCUCACAUGAAGGAGGUUCGCAGCCUCAGUCCUUCGGCUGGGGUUAGCAGUGUAACUGUUGGUGCUUUGAGAAACAUUUGGGCCCAGGAACUCCCUCCCAGGAAUGUCCUCAGAGCAGAGUCAGAUAAACUGCUGUAGCCUUUAAAUGUCUUUGUUUCCUGUUUUUGUUUCUGAAACAAUAAAACCAAAGUUCUGCAGAAA